AUGGAGCAGCGCUCGUCACUUCACACUUUUCUCCUGUUUAUUCUUUCCCUUCGCCUUUUCUUCUCGUUUCCCUUUUUUCUCUUUCCCUCUUUUUCUCUCUUCCUACUAAACCAUUCUUCUUCUUCUUCGCCUUUUCUCUUUGUUUUGAUCUUUUUAAUCGUCUUCUUUUUAUUACUUCGCUUUUUGCUUUACCCUUUUUUCUUCAUUCAGCUUUUCAUUUCUCCGACUCCUUUUUUCUUUUCUUCUUCUUCUUCUUCUUCUUCUUCUUCCUUUUCUUCUUCUUCUUCUUUUCUCUUUGUUUUGCUCUUUUUAAUCUUCUUCUUUUUACUGUUUUGCGACAGAUUGUCUUCCCUUUUUGCUUUACCCUUUUAUCUCCGUUCAGCUUUUCAUUUCUUCAACUACUUUUUCCUUUUUCUCCCGUUCUUCUUCUUCUUCUCCUUCUUCUUCUUCUUCUUCUUCUCCUUUUUCUUCUUCUUUUCUCUUUACAUAAUUCUUUCUUUCUUUUCAAAGCCAUUUUUCUUUCUUUUCAAACGUUUUCUUUUUUUCUUUUUCUUUUUGUUAUUGCUUUUCAGACAUAAUUCUUUCUUUCUUUUCAAAGCCAUUUUUCUUUCUUUUCAAACGCGUAAUUCUUUCUUUCUUUUCAAAGGCUUUUUUCUUUCUUUUCAAACGUUUUCUUUUUUUCUUGUUUCCAUUUUUAUGCCAGGUUUUCUUUCUUUUCAUUCAUUUCUAAUUUUUUCACAGUGUAGUGGGAUUGAACAUUGUUUUUUUCAUUUUUAUAUCUAUUUCUUUUUUCUAUUUCUUUUUUUCUAUUUCUUUUUUUCUAUUUCUUUUUUUCUAUUUCUUUUUUUCUAUCUAUUUGCUUUUUCUAUCUUUUUUUUAUCUCUUUCUUUUUUCUCUUUCUUUUUUCUAUCUCUUUUCUUUUUCGAUCUAUUUCUUUUUAUCUCUUUCUUUUUUCUAACUCUUUUUCUAUUUCUUUUUUUCUAUCUCUUUCCUUUUUCGAUCUAUAUCACUUUUCUAUCUAUUUCUCCCUCGUUUUCAUUGCAAAUUAUUUUCUUUCUUUAUCUUUGUACAAUGCUUUUCUUUUUCUUUUUUUUUAAGUUUCUUUUUCUUUUUUCGUUUCUGUUUCCUUCUCUUUCUUUUUCUUUUUAUGCGUGUAUUCUUAUAUAUUAUUCUUUAUUUCUUAUGCAAUAUUAUUAUUUCUUUGUUGCUUUCUUUUCUAUUUCAUUCGUAAUGAUUUCAUUUCUUUCUUUGAUUUAUUUUUCCUUCUCUUUUCUCUUAUGCAAUAAUUUUAUUUCUUCAGUUUUUUUACGUAUGCAAUCCUUUUCUUAA